UCUACUCCGCAACUGGAUGUAAACGAUGGAUGCGUCGGCAUUGAUAAUUGACUUGUUGAUUUCAGUGUUUUAAACUUCUGUUAUUGAACUAAUUAUUCUUUUGAUUAUCAGAUAUAUGUAUUUUUAAGCUAACUGUAUAUUUUGAAUCAUCGCAUUAUUGUUUGUUUUCUGUAUGACUUGAAAGGAAAAUAAUUUUUGGCAUCCUUGUCCAAGUGUAACGUGAUAUAAAAUUUCGUGCAUUUGAAUUGAGGUUUCCUCUGGUACAUCUAAUUUUAAACUGGUCUGUGUGUCUUAAAAAUACAAUGCGUUAAAUCGAAGGUUUUUAAAUUAAUAUUUUUGGGAACUGGCGACGAAAAAUUUAUUAAAAAUGGAGAGUAAGUUUAUACAGCGGCCUUCAAUUUUUAGAGGAUAUCCUGUUCUGCCGAGGCCUGUAAUUCCUCUAGGAUUGGAAACAUUGUAUACUGCAUGUCGGCAGAUCUACCCUGACCAAUCAAAUCCUUUACAAGUGACUGCUUUAGUUAAAUAUUGGCUAGGUGGACCAGAUCCCCUGGAUUACAUCAGUAUGUAUUCAAAUCCUGGGAAUCCCACUGCUGAUAUAACUCCUCAUUGGCAUUAUGUAAGUUUUGGUUUAUCAGAUUUGCAUGGAGAUGGUAGAGUUCAUGAUAUAUCAGGGGGUGAUACCCCAAGUGGAUUUGGUUUCGAAUUAACAUUUCGUCUGAAACGUGAGCCAGAUGAGCAAGUACCUCCAACAUGGCCUGCUGCUAUUAUGCAAGCUUUGGCAAAAUAUGUAUUUCAGUCUGAAAACACCCUUUGUUCAGGGGAUCAUGUUUCUUGGCAUUGUCCAUUAGAUAAUAGUGAAUCGAGAAUACAACAUAUGUUAAUGUUUGAAGAUCCGCAACUUGGAACGGUGCAAACGCCAUUUGGUCCUGUCACAUUCAUUCAGAUAGUUGGAGUCUGUGCGGAGGAACUGCAAGCAGCUCAGGGUUGGAAUGGCCCUGGCAUCAUUGAAUUAAUGAAGUCUGUGAAAGGAGCUGGCGGCCCUUGGCUGAUCACGGAUAUGAGACGAGGUGAAAGUAUGUUCGAACUUGAUCCUACUGUGCAAGAAGCAGUUGAUCAUGGCAUCGAAACAGAUGGGUCAAAUCUUAGUGGUGUCAGUGCCAGGUGUUCUUGGCAAGAAAAAAAACGGACUAAUCUGGACAAAGAUGAUCCAGAUGAAGAGAGUGAAUCAGAACCUGGACUUCCUCAAAUUUCAGUCCUUGAAUCAGAACAAAUUAAAGCUACUUUAAAGAAAGGUCUUCUUAAUACAAAGCCUGUACUACCUCAAAUUAGACCAAAUAGUAGUAACAGGUAUUAUGGUAUGUCAGCUGCAGCAGAUCAGCAUGAAGGAAGCUCAAGAAAAGAUUCCUAUGAUAGUAAUAUGAACAGUGAAGUUGCUGCUUUGGAACCAGCUGAGUUAUUGCAAACAAAAUUUUUAGAAAGUGUUCAUCUGCAGUUUAAUUUAGAAGCUGGGACUAUUCUUCCAUUAGCUUUGAGAGGAAGACUGAAACAUGGAAGACAUUUCACUUUCAAAAGUGUAGUGGGAGAUGUUGCAAUAACACUUGUUCCUACUAGUGUUUCUGGUGCCUUUGUAGAUGUAGAACACCCAUUUGCUGCACACGGACCAUGGCUACAGGUGCUGUUGACUGAGGAAGAUAUUGAAAUUAUGCUAACUGAUUUAAAUGAAGUCUCUGAAUUAGAUGCAAUAGUACUUCCAAAAACUUUUGAGUGGUGUGAAAAAAAGUUAUCCGUUACACUCAUGCAUGAAGAUUAUCAAUAACUAUGUUGACAAAAUAAUUUUAUAGUUAAUUAUAUAUCAUAUUCUGUCUUCUGUGUUGCUGGUUAUUAAAGGCUGUGAAAUUCUCUUAAUCAAAAAUGUAAGAAUGUAUUUUAAUUUCUAGGUUUUUACUUCUAGAAUAGGUAUCCAGUUUUGUAACACAUAUGUUUAAUAUGGAUGGUAUUUCAUAUUUUAAUGUAAAAUUUCAAAUUUAUUUAUGUGAAAAUAUAAUGUCAUAUGAAUAUAAACAUUAAGUUUAUUACAUAGCCUGUAAAAGCAUUUUAUAGAAUACCAUUACACUGUGUAAUUUUUAGCUGUAUGUUUUUAAUAUAUCUGGCUAAAUGGGCUUUAUGAAGUUGUCUGUAUUUAUUGAUUUAUGGUAUUGAGGCUUAAAUUUAAAAUAUUUAUUUUUGGUGUUAGUAAGGUUUUAUGCAAUAUAUCUAAUAACUUUUAUUGACUUCUUGUGUGUUCAAUACACCUAAUCAUAAAUGAGCAAUGCUAAUAAUGUGAAGUAAAAAUUGCUUCACAUGUUGUUUUAUAACAUUUUUAUAAGUAGAAUCAGUGUUAAGAAAGAAAAUUUCCAUCAUAACUUAUCAUGUAUACUUACAAACUAUUUUUUAAAUUAUCACAAAUUGCCCCAAAAAUCAGUUUUAAAUUUGGUUUAAAAAAAAAACUUAUUAUUGUUCAGAAUUAACUUCCGUUUAAAUUGAAUAAUUUAAAAGGUGAAGUUUCUUGAAAAUACCAGAUUCAUGUAGAAAUCUGUAUGCAUAAAUUCAAUUAUUUAUUUAUCAUUGUAUAUUGUGUUUUUUAUUUUGAUGAUCUAAAUGUUCCAAUCUGAUGUGUAUUCUAUUAAUUUCGUGUGUUUUAUUGCCUGGUAAAAUAUGUUGUCAAAAUAAUGAUUAUGAAUGUAACUUAACUUUUCCCUCUUAUAUUUAAUAUGUUAUUGUUGUUCCUAAUGGCUGAAUACUUGUAAUAUUAUGCAUUCAUCGGACAUUUGAUAUGUAUAAAAGUAUUUUUUAAAGCUUGAAUAAAAAAAUCAUAACUUUU